AUGCCUGACUGGAGCUCGGAACGGUGCCAGCUAGUUAUGGGCCGAGAGUGUCAUGCUCUGAGCCGGUCUCGUCUGACGGUCAGGCUGGUCCCGGGAGUGCUGAACCAGAUAUACGCCCUCUGCAGCUCCACCUUCGACAUCGCUAAUAUCUACAACUUCGACGCCGAAUAUGCGCAUCAGGCCGAAGUCGGAGCCAAGCCGGACACACCCGUCAUCUGCGGCCUAUCCUACCUCGUGCCCUUCGAUCUUGCCAACAUAGGCAGGGAGACACAGGUUAUAGACAUAUGGGAGAGCUUUUCCUUCUUCCUUGUAAGUGUGGUGAUAACCUGGACAGCAGUAGUGCUUCCAGUUGCCCUUAUGACACAGGGUUUCAUAAGAACCCCUGAUCAUACUAUAAAUAAAAGGAAAAAGCGAAGUUUACACAUGCGGGAGAUCUUACAGCUGGGAAUGGCAGAAAGUUGGGAGUGGGAAAAAGCUCUUCGUCAAAUCUCCCUUGAUGAUCUCCUAAUACUCCUUGAACUCCCAGAGUAUGAGUGUCGAAGACGAGCCUUUUGUGAAUUUCACAAAUUCCUGACUUUUCUACCCCCUUCCGUGAUGACACUGUACAACAUGAUAAGCCCCCAUAUGAGUGGUAUGAAAAAGUACCGCAAGAGUAUUGUGACUGGAUUGGGAAGAGGAGACUGUAGUUGGGUACACAAGGGUUGCCCACUUGCACCUCUUGAGUUCUUAGACAGGAUAAAAACUUUAAAGAGGAAACAGUGCAGCUCGGGCAGCUGUUGAACAAGAAUGAAUUUAGGAAUUAUGUUGCAUUUAGCUUGGGCAUUUUCUGCACAUGUUUAUGACUAAAUGCUUGUACAAGCUUAAUUAUUUGUUAAAAUGUUUGUAUUCCUGAAUGCUUGAAACAUAUUGAAUUUUUAAUAUAUUUUAAAGUCAGUUAUUUAGUCUAUUUAUUUAUAAAGAGUAAAAGAAAUUAAUCAUGUUGUAUUACGGUGCUUUAAUAUUUCACAAAAAAAUACCUAUACAGGAAGAUCAAGAUAAAAGUAUAGGAAUGAUGUGUUUUUAAAAUGAAGAAUUUUGCAAAAGACCAUCAGUCUUCAUGGCACAUACAUAUAAAUGCUGUACAACUAAUGGCUGAAAAAUAAAAGUUUUCCUUUUAAGUGACUUUCUCUGUAGAAAGAAGCAAGGUUAUUUAAUGGCCCAGAAAACUUAAAAACAUGAAAGUUGCAAAAGAAGCAAAUAUAAAGAAGUGUUACUAACCCAACUAAGCAA